GAAAAUCUCAAUCCCACACCCCUCAUUGAAAUUUUCCUAUCUCUCCUCCCCUCCAUUUUCCCUUACACUUUCCCCACCGCCAAACACAGCCACUCAUCAUCAAAUGGAACUUUCAAAUGGAAACCACUGCCACACAAAUGGGAAGGCCUCCAUUGAGAGCUUUUGCAUGGGAGGCACUGGUACUAAAGCUGCUGCCGAUCCCCUCAACUGGAACAUGGCGGCGGAGUCCCUUAAGGGGAGUCACCUGGAUGAGGUGAAGCGGAUGGUGGAGGAGUACCGGAGGCAGGUGGUGCAGCUGGGCGGUGAGACGCUCACAAUAUCUCAGGUGGCCGCGGUGGCCUCCCGCGAUACUGGGGUGACGGUGGAGCUGUCGGAGGGGGCGAGAGAGGGAGUAAAGGCCAGCAGUGACUGGGUCAUGGACAGCAUGAACAAUGGUACAGACAGCUACGGCGUGACCACAGGUUUCGGUGCUACCUCUCACAGAAGAACCAAACAAGGCGGAGCCCUCCAAAAGGAGCUCAUCAGGUUUUUGAAUGCCGGAAUUUUCGGAAACGGGACGGAAUCUUGCCACACACUGCCUCACUCUGCAACAAGGGCAUCCAUGCUGGUGAGGAUCAACACACUUCUUCAAGGAUACUCGGGCAUUAGAUUUGAGAUAUUGGAGGCUAUCACCAAGCUCAUCAACCACAACAUUACCCCUUGCUUGCCUCUCCGGGGCACCAUCAGCGCAUCCGGUGACCUUGUUCCUCUCUCCUACAUUGCUGGGCUUUUACUUGGGAGGUCCAGUUGCAAGGCUGUCGGGCCCAAUGGGGAGCCCCUCAGUGCUGAGGAGGCCUUCCGGGUUGCAGGAAUCAAGGGUGGAUUCUUUGAACUGCAGCCCAAGGAGGGGCUUGCUCUAGUCAAUGGCACUGCUGUUGGGUCUGGCAUGGCCUCCAUGGUUCUCUUUGAAGCAAACAUCCUUGCAGUCCUUUCGGAAGUUCUAUCUGCACUCUUUGCUGAAGUCAUGCAAGGAAAACCCGAAUUUACAGACCACUUGACCCAUAAAUUGAAGCAUCAUCCCGGCCAAAUUGAGGCUGCAGCUAUUAUGGAACACAUUCUAGAUGGAAGCUCUUACAUUAAAGCAGCUCAGAAGUUGCAUGAGAUGGACCCUCUCCAGAAGCCUAAACAAGAUCGAUACGCCCUCCGAACAUCUCCCCAGUGGCUUGGCCCCCAGAUUGAAGUGAUCAGAGCAGCAACGAAGUCCAUUGAAAGGGAGAUAAACUCGGUAAACGACAAUCCCUUGAUCGAUGUUUCAAGGAAUAAAGCUCUACAUGGGGGCAAUUUCCAAGGGACCCCAAUUGGUGUUUCCAUGGACAACACUAGGCUUGCCAUUGCCUCCAUCGGAAAGCUCAUGUUUGCACAAUUCUCCGAGCUUGUUAAUGACUUCUACAACAAUGGGUUGCCUUCAAAUCUGUCGGGUGGCCGCAAUCCAAGCUUGGACUACGGCUUCAAAGGUGCCGAGAUUGCAAUGGCCUCUUACUGCUCCGAGCUCCAGUUCCUUGCUAAUCCUGUGACCAACCAUGUCCAGAGCGCAGAGCAACACAACCAAGAUGUGAACUCCUUGGGACUCAUUUCUUCAAGAAAAACUGCUGAAGCCGUGGACAUAUUGAAGCUCAUGUCCUCCACUUUCUUGAUUGCCUUAUCCCAAGCCAUUGAUCUGAGGCAUUUGGAGGAGAAUCUCAAGAACACAGUGAAGAACACAGUGAGCCAAGUGGCCAAGAGAGUCCUAACCAUUGGCUUCAAUGGUGAGCUUCACCCCUCCAGGUUCUGCGAAAAAGACUUGCUCAAAAUUGUCGAUAGAGAACACGUUUUCGCAUACAUUGAUGAUCCCUGCAGCUCCACCUAUCCAUUAAUGCAGAAGCUAAGGCAAGUCCUAGUCGAGCAUGCCCUGAUCAAUGGUGAAAGAGAGAAGAACUCUAGCACUUCCAUUUUCCAAAAGAUCGUAGCCUUCGAGGAUGAGCUAAAAGCCCUUCUGCCCAAAGAAGUAGAGAGCACAAGAAUAGACUACGAGAACGGAAAUUCUGCCAUUUCCAACAGAAUCAAGGACUGCAGAUCCUACCCUCUGUACAAGUUUGUGAGGGAAGAACUGGGAGCUAGUUUCCUUACAGGAGAGAAGACUACAUCACCCGGUGAAGAGUGUGACAAGGUGUUCACAGCUAUGUGUGCAGGGAAGCUCAUUGAUCCACUGCUGGAUUGUUUGAAGGAGUGGAAUGGAGCUCCUCUCCCAAUCUGCUAGACACCCCUUUCCCUACACUUAAUAUUGUUUUUCAUGGUUUUUCCCCUCAACAUUUGUAAUGGGGUUUACUGUUCAUUUCUGUACUUGAAAACUGUGGUAUCAAACAUUCCGUUUCAUGUUUGUGUUUUCAUCUUCCUUUGUAAUUUGACCAAAUUCAGUUUUCAGUAAUAAAAUCAAAACAAAGAAUUUUAGAUA